AUGGCAUUAGGGCGACCUGUUUGGAAAGCAACGCGUUUAGCUAUUCAAGAUAUCUUGUCUAAGGACAGUGCUAAAUUGAAAGACAAUGCUGAGCUUUUACAAAAAGUUUUAAUUCCGUUGACGGAGGUCAAAAUGCAUUUGCCGGCUAAGAUUGGAGAUUACACUGACUUUUAUUGCUCUCGUGAGCAUGCUACAAACGUCGGUAUUAUGUUCCGUGGUAAGGACAAUGCUCUUCAACCCAACUGGCUUCAUAUUCCUGUCGGGUACCACGGUCGUGCAUCAUCUGUUGUGGUUUCUGGUACAGACAUUCGUCGUCCUGCCGGACAGAAACUCCCUGGUAAAGACGCUAAGGCUCCUAUUUUUGGUCCUUCUUCUAGAUUAGACAUUGAAUUGGAAGUGGGAUGGUUUGUUGGCACAGGUAAUAAUCUUGGUGAACGAAUUGACAUUAAUGAUGCCCAAGACCAUAUCUUUGGCCUUGUAUUAGUAAAUGACUGGAGUGCCCGCGAUAUUCAAGCUUGGGAAUACGUUCCUUUAGGGCCAUUUUUAGGCAAGAGUUUUGGUACAUCCAUCUCGCCAUGGAUUGUUACCUUAGAUGCGCUCGAGCCUUUUCUCACAAGCGGGCCCUCUCAAAGUCCUGACCCAUUGCCUUAUCUUCAGGAAAAUAAGCCCGCUGCUUAUGAUAUCAAUCUUCAAGUUCAAAUAAAACCUGCCGAGUCUUCCAAAUUUGAAACAGUAACUGUCUCCAACCUCAAACACAUGUACUGGUCUGUAACUCAACAGUUAGCACAUCAUACCGUCAACGGCUGUAAUAUGAGACCAGGAGAUAUGGGUGCAACGGGAACAAUUUCUGGACCUGAAAAAGGAUCGUAUGGAUCAUUAUUAGAAAUCACCUGGAGUGGAAAAGACAAAAUAACGUUCCAAGACGGCGUUGAACGUUUGUUUUUACAAGAUGGAGAUGAGGUCAAAAUCACAGGCCAAGCUGGCAAAGAUAGUAAAUUGGGCUAUCACAUCGGAUUCGGUGAUUGCAGUGGUAAAAUCCUUCCUUGUUUAUAUGAUAAAUAGUCUAGAUAUCGGCCAUUGUUUUUUCCGAAAGAGUAUCAAUAAACAUUUUUUGAACUGAAUCUGUUCUUAUUAAAUUUACAUGAUUUAUAUAAUAAUAAAAUAAAAAAAAAGGAAUGCCCGC